AUGUCUCCAGUAGGUCCUCGCGCCUCAAAAGAGGAGUUCAUGCAGGCGCUCGGGCUGAGCUCACACGAUGCCCAGCAUGAACAAUUUUAUAGAGCAAUGCGAGACGAAACUAUUUUAAUAUACAACCGCCUAAACGAAGACCCGGCCAAUCUUCUUGACAGCAUCGCAAACGACCCGUCGACUAAACCCCCGUUCUUUUGGCACCACAUCCGUCCCGAGCGCCAACGAUGGGCAAUCCAGGAGAUUGCACGGAACGCGGGCCCGCAUACACAGCCAUUUUUCACGCGAGGAGACACGACUGGCGAGUACGGCCCGAACUGGGUGGCUGGCUGGUUACUCUAUAGUGUGUUUCGGUCGCGAGACGUGCGCAAUAAUCGGAAUCGGCGGAAGGGAGAAGAUCAUCAAGGGCAAUCUCCGAAACAGCCGAAACAAGCGGACACCGGACCUCCAAAGAAGGAGUAUUACGAUCCUGUGCGGAAUGAAUGA